CAAGUGGCUGUCAGUGCUGCUGGAGUGGGUUGGUAGGAGUGGCUGAGGCGCUGGCAGUCUGCUUUGCAUGAAUCGUGGACUCCCAAGUUUUUAGUGGCUGCAGCUGAGAUAUUUCUUGUCAGCCGCACACAGCCGAAGCGAGGGCGGAGGAGACGAGGAGAGGGAUGGCAGAGAACAGCUCCGAGACAAGCAGCUCCGGACACCGGAGAUGUUUGGCCCAUUCUCUGGGGGAGAGAAGCACUUCAGCCUGUAUGGGGUCAUCGAAGUGGAUUCGGCUGAACGUCGGGGGAACCUAUUUUUUAACAACGAGACAGACGCUGUGUCGAGAUCCAAAAUCCUUUCUGUACAGACUGAGCCAAGCUGACCCAGAGCUCGACUCCGACAAGGAUGAAACUGGUGCCUAUCUCAUAGACAGAGACCCGACAUACUUUGGGCCGGUGCUGAACUACUUGAGGCACGGCAAACUGGUGCUCAACAGGGACCUGGCAGAGGAAGGCGUGCUAGAAGAAGCCGAAUUCUACAACAUCACAUCAUUAAUAAAGCUCAUCAAGGACAAGAUCAGGGAAAGCGACUGUAAAACAUCACAGGUUCCAGUGAAGCAUGUGUACCGGGUGCUGCAGUGCCAGGAGGAGGAGCUCACGCAGAUGGUGUCCACCAUGUCCGACGGCUGGAAGUUCGAGCAGCUUGUCAGUAUAGGUUACGGGCGGGCCCACCAGUCAGAGUUUCUGCUGAUUGUGUCAAGGGAGGUGAAGGGAGAGGCGUCUGCUUUGCCAAACAACAGCGGACAGCUGGUCAGCAUAGGCUCCUCUUACAACUACGGAAACGAAGACCAAUCCGAGUUCCUGUGCGUAGUCUCCAAGGAGCUGCACAAUCAAUCAUACGGGACAAACAGUGAGCCCAGUGAGAAGGCCAAGAUCCUUCAGGAGCGGGGUUCCCGGAUGUGAAGAGGACUCAGUAUUAUGAGCUCCAGGUGUUAUGAUGCUCACAUAUCAUCUCUGAGGAAGAACGUUUGGCAAAAUGGAGAUUUUGGAGAAGGAGGGGAUUGUGCAUUUAUUUUGUGGUUUCCCUCCAUUUUAGUUUGUAUCUUUUGAUGUAAAUAAGUCUGUUUACUGACAAUUUGUGCCUGUACAUUUAAACUGGACCUUUUCUUUGUUUUAGAAUUAGUGGCAAUUUUUUUUUUCUAAUUGAGACUAAAGUAUUGCUAUCUACAAAUGUUUUAUGCUAUAAAGAAAAUGGCCGUCAUCAUAUAAGGCCAAUGAUUCACUCAGGGUCAUCUAUUGAGUUAAUUCUUAUAUCCUCCUACUCGAGGGUCUGCUAAGGGAUCACUAUGGUCUUUAUAUCUAUUGAGUAUCAGAAUCAUUGUUCAGAGAAGUUAAGAAGGGAAUUGUGCAUUUAUCUAGCACAUGUUAAAGAGUUGGGCUAUUCAAUGUCAAAUUCACCCUAAAAAAAAGUAAUAUUUUCUCAACGUUUUCAAACAGUUACACUGAUAUUUAUGAUCAUGAGGAUCUCAGCAGUACAACACACACAUUUCCAGAUGCAUUUGAAGCAUUUAACUUUCAAUCAAAACUGAACAGAUAUGUCGGAGAUUAGAUACCGUAGGUUAAGGCAUUAGGUUAUUUAUCACUUGCACAGCUUUUAUUGGUGUUGGAAGUGUCCUGUUAAGAAAGAAAUAUGGAAGUCCCAUUUUAACAUAGACUAAAUAAGGUUAUCACAGCGAUACAGCAGAAUAUCUGAUACGAAGUGCUUUUUAAUUGAUAUUUUAUCACUGUAAAAUAAAUGUGUGUAGCUGUUUGUGGCACCAUCUUGCCAUCUUAGUAACACUAUGACCCACAGAUAAGGCCAGCUGUGGGAUUAAAUAAUUAUGUGUUCAGGAAGUUUACCCCCCUGUAUUAUAAGGAUAACAUGUUUAAGUUUUGGAUAUACAUUUAACACACUCAAAAAUAUUGUUUCAAAGUAAGAUUUCUGCUGCUUCUGCAAAUGUGGACUUUUAGAAGAAGUAAUAUCGCUCUAUAAAUGUGCAAAUCUAUAUCAAGUUAAACCUAAACCUGCCAGACAUUUUUCUUAACUCCUCAUGUUCAUAAGUCAAAGUUAACUGCCGAUAUAGUCAGAGGUGUUUAAAAUGAGUUCUGUUUUACAAUAUUAUUCUUUGUCCCGUCAGGAAAAACCUCCUCGAGACAAGGGUGUUUUUUUUCCCCCCACACACUUUAAGGUUUCCCUAACUGGUUUAUUUUAUAUGUUUGAGGGAACAUCACUUUUAUUAAGAUAUUUUGAGGGGAAGUGUUUGUAAUGGGGGGUUGGGGGGGGGGUUUGAGGACAGGAACUGCUCAAAGGCAGCGGUGAAGGACUUUUUUUUCUGUUCAUAUCCAGAGGAUUUUUGUUUUGAUGUAAAUAAUCCAAAUUCAAUAUUAAUAUUUAACUCUUUAAAAAAAAAAAACUGCACGUUUUGUACACUGUAUAGAAAUCACAACUUGGAAUGGAAGUUGUUUAUACUGGAUCUUUAAGAAAAUUAGAAAACCUUGACGACGUUGACUUUGCAUUGUUUGUACAGGAGAUUCCUGACACUGAUAACAUGCCUGGAUCAUGUUUUGAUAACCAAUAACAAAGCUAUACUUGGCUGGCUAUGAAGUUGACUGUUACAUUUACACACAAAAAAAGACUGAUGUAUUUUUCCUGCAUUGUGAUUCUUCUAAGCAUUUUGAAAUGUGUAGAUUUCGUACACAACAUUACAAGCACUACAGUGUAACAAAACAAAAAUGUGCACAUUGCUUACAAGCCUGUAAUGUUGUAAAUGUAAAUACUGCAUUUUAGAACACUUUUUUUUUAUAUAUAGAAAGUUGUUUUCAGGUUUGAUGUGUGGUUUUUGAUAGGUUGGAUAUUUCAUUCACAAAUAAUCAUUUAGUGUUGCCUUUUUUUCCCCCCAAUGACCAAAAUCCAAUGUCUUAUGUGUUUCAUACACAUUGAUCCAUGUGUCGGGGACAAGUCAACUUUUCUUAACGCUGGCACACUUUGUACAUAUAGACUUGUUAACUACACACAAACCUCCAUUUACUCACAUGUAGACGUAUACACUUGACUAAAACCAUUUUUAUAUUGUCGGGGAAACAAGUAUGAAAGCAUGUUUUUGAUAUAGAUAUACACACAAACACACACACAAGGGCUUUUAAAGUGCAACAUUUGACAUCUGUAAAGAGUUUUAAUCAAAGUAGACUGGAUUUCCUGCCAGAGCUAGGCUAUGUUUACAUUUGCUAUAGUAUUCUGAAGCCUUCCAAUUAUGUACUGUCUUGCACUCCCUCACACACAUUCGUCUGACUUGUGUGACUGCACCAAUGGAAACUAGCACUCCACAUGAGCUGAUAUCCACACAGAUGACUCCAUACACUUCUUAAGAGCCUAUGCUGGAGCGUUGCAGACAAUCUUGCUUUCCAUCCUUCUCCGAUGUUAGAGAUUCUCACUUUUAAACGGAUUAAACGUACCUGCGUCAGCUCUGAGUUUAUUUUGGUCUUUUUAGACUUAAUUUUUUUCUGCGAUGAGAUUGUUUUUGUGUUUUGGUUUUGAUUGGUUAAGAUGUAACUUCAUUUGAGGUGUUUAACUGCUACAUUACCUUAUAUUGCCCUUCACAAACUGGUUGUCUGGUUGAGCAUUUGACAUAGAUAAUCAUUUCAUGUGAUGGACAAACUUAUCAAAUCUGUAGCCUAAUACUUAUAAGUGCCCAGUUUGUUUUGCAUUCAAGUCAUAAUCCACAGACCACUGUAAUGCAUGAUUGAAGAUGAUCACACUUGUAAUCAGAGGGAAUGAACGUGUCAUUUCUCCUCAAUCUAGCAUUUACAUCGAUGAAUAAGAUUCUCAUAUCACUACAUAGAUCACUAUUCUAUAUGAUCUUAUGCAAUGUUAAACAUGUACAAACUAAGUAUGAGGUUAAGGGGAUAGAUCUAUAUGGUCUUGCAUAAGGUAAACCCAAUAAAAUGUUGUCAUUCAUAA